ACAAAUAAAAACCAAAAUUUCUAUUUCCUCUAUCUCCCUCCCUCGCACGGCGGCGCAUCCCCUGUCGACAAUCUGAAGACCAGCGAACCUCCGGCGAGCCAGUCUCUACUACGGCGUUGCUUCAGGCGGACGAUUUUAAGGUCUUAGGGUUCGAUCUCAGAGAUGUGCAGUUCGGGCAUGCAUUGAUUUUGGUUCUGUUAAUUGCUAUAUCUGCAUUUCAGGAUUUGGUUUUGGUUAUGUAAUACGUAAUUUUUCUGGAGAUUCUAUGGCUUCUUCUGAAGCUGAAAACUUCGAGGAGAAGUUGACAUCCUUGCUUGGCCAGCUCCACUUAGAAAGUGGCAUUCUACACAAAAUGAUUUAUAAGAAUAAGAACCAGCACCGCCGGGGUUCCUAUUUUCGUUAUCUUUUGCAGGUAGGGAGAGAUUUGAGACUUCUACAGGCUACCAAGUUGGAGGAUUUGGUAAGUUCCUGCUUUCAAGUUAUUGGCGGAAAGAAACCUAAGCAAAAGAUUCAUCUUUUAGAAAGUUUGAAACGGAGGAAAUGUGAAGUUGGGAAGUAUAAUUUCAUGGAACGGCUUCUGGGUGCUGCACGGUUACUGUCAGAGAUGGUAGAGCCAAUUUUUAAGGCAGCUACGCAGUACUACACAACAAACCAACAACCUUCCUUGAUCAACUUUUGGUGGGUCACCCAUUCAAGAAAGGAAAAAAGAUCCUAUGGACCCAGUUUGUGCGGGCCUUCCUUUGGAGUCUUUGGUUGGAAAGAAACAAUAUGGUCUUCAACAAUAAAGCGCUCCCUUUUGAGCGAGAUAUCUACAUUGCUUGCUCGAAGAUUUUUCACAGGGUUUUGUUUUAUGAUUUUGGCAUUACUAGCGCGGAUUCGUGUGUUAGUUCAACAAAUAUUAAUCGAUGUCGUUUCCGUAUUCAACAUGGUUUCGUCUAUCUCCCAAAAGAAGCAUACGGUUACAAUAAACCAGGAAGGUAUUCAGGUCUUUAGAGAAUUUUACCCAACGAAUGAAGAAUUUGUCUUCUUACAAUGUGUUUGGAAAGAAGACAAAUUUGUGCUGCAAGAGACGAAACAAAACUUUGAGUCUAGGAAUUGGCAAGAAAAUCUUGGACCAAGUGUUUCUUUGUCCACCUCAGCUAUUCAAUAUACGAGCAUCGAAUCUUUUCUUGAAGAUGAUGAAUCUGCCAUCAAGCAGGCAGAGGUAAAUCAAAGCAUUGAAGGUCUUGACCUUAUGAAAAUGAGUAAGAAGAAUGACUUGCUAGCAAGCCUCUCAAAGAAAGAUAAUACCGCAACAAAAGACGGUUCGGUCUGUCCCACAGAGACCUCAAGCAAGACACUGUUGCCACAAGAAGGUAGUUUGCUUGUGAACUCAAGCCCCACCUCGGUUGGUGCAGAAAAAUCGGACACGAAGAGACCAGCAUUUGUUUCAGUGAAAAAUCCGAACCCAAUUUCGUGUAGUGCAGUUGGGAUUCAAUUCAAUGAAACCAAAGUUGAUAGUGAGGAAAAAGAGGAUCCAUUUUUCACUUUGCUCACUGAUGGGGAAGCCAAAAGCAGUCUGUUCUAGCAGCUGGGAGUAUUUUAGCAAGCAGUUAAAAUUCUUUGGAAAUGCAUAUAUUUUAUGUUUAAUGUCAAAUUACCCAAAUAAUAUUUAUUGACUAAUUUUAACAAGCUGUGCAGUAAAAUCUUGUAUGGUUAUAGAGGUAAAACACAAGUUGGAACCAUUGAGUGCAAUACAAUUUUGUAUAACAAUGAUUUAGAUUUAGAACCUACUUGAUAACGUUCUCAUUUUUGUUGAA